AUGUCUAGUGACUCUACUCCAUUUCCAUUUCAUGAAUCCAUGGAUCAUCGGCACCAUGGGAAUCUAGCCGAUAUUAUCAAUUCUUACGACGGGAAAGUAAUACUUGUUGGCAUUAUGACGUUACUCGUCGUGAUUUCAUUUGUGUUACUACUCCAUGCGUACGCAAAAUGGGUGAUUAGUCAAGCUCGUGAAAGAAGAAGAGAAAGAGUGGUCACUAUAUCGCAUAUACUGGAUCCUACUCUUUUGCAUCACCACAAUACUACUACACAAUUUUACAAUGAUAAUCGUACGGCCGGUUUCCUAAAAGAUGGUCUUGAUAUCUCGACAAUAGCUUCUCUCCCACUCUUUGUCUACAAAUCCGACGAUGUGAUUAAUGCCAAUGGGCCAGUAUUGGAUGAGUGUGCAAUUUGUUUGAGCACAUUUGAAGAACACGAAGUAGGAAGGUUGUUACCAGUAUGUCAACAUUCGUUUCAUGUUGAAUGUAUUGAUAUGUGGCUUCGAUCUCAUUCGAGUUGUCCGAUUUGUAGAUCGCCCGUGAAGCCGGAGAAAUCAACACUGGAGACUCAUUCACCGUCAAGUCACGAAAUUUCGGUCAGUCAAGAGCCGUCUUCAAUUGAUACGAUAGCUAAUGAGUUAUCAUCUCAUAUUGAUGAGGUUGCGAAUGGUAACCCUCCUACUCCUCAUGAAGUUUUGGUUGAAAUCCAAAUGCCAUCACCACCAUUGCCGCCACUUCCACCACCAUCACCACCACAUUCAGUUAGAAAAUCUUUCAAGAGAAUGCUGAGCGUGAAAUUUGAUAGACUAGAUCAACAAAAAGUGUUCCCAUCAUCAUCCUCUAGCUAG